AUGACAGCAAAGCUUCGAAUUAUAAUAGUCGGCUCUGGCCUAGCAGGCCUAGCAGCUGCCAGGAUCCUCCGAGAGCAUCACGAUGUCACUGUCUACGAGCGCGGCGGUACCGACACAGCCACUGGCGGACAGGGCAUAUGUCUAUUCUCCAACGGGGUCAAGAUUCUGCAAACGAUGGGCUUCGAUCGAGCUCGCGUCGGCGCCGUGCCGUGCUAUGGCUACCGCGCGCUUGACAAAAAUGGGAACCAGCUACAGGAUUUCCCAGUGGACUUCAAAGGGAAGUAUGGAGCAGACACCCUGGCUAUGAAGCGGUCGGACUUCCGUGAUGAGCUGUUACUACUGGCGACCGCUCCUUCGGAAGAUCUCGGUAUCCAGGGCCAUCCCGCACAAGUAAUAUUCAACACCAAUGUCGUCGACAUCGACCCGGAGGAGGCUAGCAUCACGCUGGAAGACGGGUCCGUUGUGGGCGCCGAUGUGGUUAUUAUUGCUGAUGGCGUGCACUCACGUCUCCGUCAUCGCAUCGUGGGCUCCGACGCCCAGGCGAAGAAGAAUGGGAUGACCUGCUAUCGUGUGGCGGUCUCUGCCGAGGCUGUGAAACACACGCUUGGCUAUCUGCCCGCAUGGUGGGAUCCCCAAACAGCCGACGGCCGUAUCUCUGCUUUCCAGGCCGGCGAUGGAAGUAACCGACUAAUUGCAGCGUAUGCGAUUCGGAAUGCCGAGUACAUGAACCUAGCGUGUGUCUUCCCUACUCGGCAGAAUAGAGGGAAUGUCCUGGAAUCCUGGUACGCGGAUGGUAACCGACGGGAGAUGAUCGAGACGUUCGACGACUACUGUGAGCCCAUGCGGAAGAUUCUAGGCAUCGCUACGGAGGUGAAGGUCUGGGAGCUUCAGGAUAUAGAUCCGUUGCCUAACUGGAACCGCGGACGGACAAUCGUUAUCGGAGACGCGGCUCAUGCAAUGACCCCGAUGCAGGGUCAGGGGGCUAAUAUGGCGUUGGAAGAUGCGGAUGCGCUUCGUUUGUUGCGACCGGGUAUGUCUCGUAAGGAUAUUUCGGCGCUUCUGGAACAGGUAGACAGUAUCCGCCGGCCGCGUGCUACUAGAGUCCUGCGGGAUACUCGCGUCCAGGCGAAGGAUAUCACACUGGAGGAAAGAAUAGCCAAUCUUGACUAUAACUGUGGUUAUAAUGGGGUCUUUGAGGCUCUUAAGGUAAUGAAGUGA